AUGGCCCAUGGCAAUUUCGCUUCCGAGGUCCUGGAGAUUAUAGCGGGCAAGCCGCUGGACGUCAUCAUGGAAGAGCGAAUCUGUGGACCUUUGAAGAUGCGGGACACGCGCUUCGAGGUACCAAAGGAGCACGCAGGCCGAAUCGGGCCCUGGUAUAGAAGUGUGGAGAUCGAAGGGAAGCCCCAGCUGGCGCAUCGAUUGGAAGUGGUCGACCCCGGGGGAGAAGAAAGCGGCUGGGUUGGAGGGAACGUGGCAAAAGUGUUGUCCGCAGGUGGCACUGUGGACGUUCCCCUGAAGAUGAGGGGUGGCAUGGUCAGCACCUUCAAUGACUACAUUCGCUUUUUGAUCAUGCUUCGCAACUUCGGAGAACUGGACGGGGUUCGAAUCCUGAAACGAGAGACGGUGCAGAUGAUGAUUUGCAAUCACAUUCCCGUGGCUUGCUAUGGAAAGAAGUCGGCCUUCGUGUUUGACAAGCCUGGUGUGGGCUACAAUUGUCCAGCGCCCAGUCGUUUCAGGAAGUCAGAAGUGCUGGCAGAUAUUCGCUCCAAAUUGUCCACUGCUGGGCAGGCAAUCCAUGGACUUCAGAUCUUUGGAUUUUGGUCAUCAGUUGAAGGCAAAACUGAAACUGCAGUGCCAAAUGACGCCAAUGGGCAACAAAAAGCACUGGCCUGCGGCGACAUCGCUAUGGAUGUGCUGGAAGGGCUUUUCGAGCGCCAUGAGCUGCAGAAACCUGAUGCAGAUUUGGCCAUGUUUGGAUGGUGGAAAUGGAGGACUAACAAUAUUAAUGCCGAUCAAUGUGUGGAAAUCCGAGAUGCCUUGCGGCGUAUGAGGGCCACAUCCAGCACCUGCAGGCUUUCACCAGAGGUCGAAGCGGAGCCAGAGUCAGAGCUCCCAGAUUCCAAAGUGAGGUUCUCUGAAAGAGUUCCAGGUUCUCCGCUCGAGACCAAAGGGCUAGUGGCGGAAGUGGCCAUUGCCGCAGUCUUCGAGUCGAAUGAAGAGAGCAAUGCAGAUGUUGCAGAAGCCAUAGGAAGCAAGGUGAAUCGUUCCCAGUCAACCAUCCAGGACUACAUGGAAAACCGGAAGAGCCAAAAGCCCAACGUCACGGAAACCUACUUGAAUUUGGAGAAUGUGAAAAUUGAAAGGAAGAAAACUGGCCACAAGGUUGAGGGCUUCCGAGGGAAAGUGAACGAUCUGGUACAGUCCAGUUUGUGCGAGUACACAGUGGCCUUUAUAAUUGUGGCCAAUGCCGCUGUGUUCGGUUUCCAAGCUGAUUGGGCCGUGAAGCACCCGGGACAGCCCACGCUGCCCGUGUAUCGCAUCAUGAACCAGGCCUUCAACAUUUUCUUCAUUGUGGAGUUGACCUUGAGGAUCGUCGCGGAUGGCCUUCACUUUGCUUCCUGCUGGAAUCCAGAUAUCAAGUGGAAUUUGAUGGACUCGGCUUUGGUGAGUUUGUCCAUUUUUGAAGAGAUCUAUGGUCAAGUGACCAUCGAGCAGGGGAGCAAACUGGACAUGACAUCAGCUCGAGUGGUUCGACUACUGAGGCUGGUUCGCGUUGUUCGGAUCUUUCGGGUGCUUCGUUUCUUCUCGGACUUGCGGAUCAUGGUCAUGGGUAUUAUGGGUUCCUUCAAAGCGCUUGCCUGGGCUUUGCUGUUGCUCUUUAUCAUCAUCUACGUCACAGGCAUCAUCAUCCUUCAGUUCGUUUCGGAAGCUGCUGGAGAGGGCUGGGUGACGAUGAGCUCUUCGUUGAGCUACGAGGGCACGGCCAUGUUCAACUCCUUGGAGCGAACGUGUUUCACCCUCUUCCUGUGCAUUGCUGGAGGGGUCAGUUGGGUGGAAGUGGUGAACGUGCUGGAGCAGGUGAACCCCUUGUUGCGACCCAUCUUGUCUCUCUAUGUGGCCUUCGCAGUGUUCUGUGUGCUGAAUAUCGUGACCGGAGUCUUCGUUGAAAGAUCUACAUCGAUGCGGCUGAUGGAUGAGGAAAACAUGAUGUUUGACGAAUUGGAGUCCAGAAAGAAAUGGUUGAAGGAGAUCAAGUUGCUCUUCAACGAAGCGGAUGCGGAUGGUUCCGGACAGAUCGAAUGGAAGGAAUUUGAAGCGGUCAUGCAAGAUUUCCAGGCACAAACUGCUUUGAAGCAUUUGGGUUUCGACACCAACAGAGUGACAACGCAACAGCUGUGGACGCUCAUUGAUUAUGACAACAGUGGUUUGAUCGACAUCAAUGAGUUUGCAGACGCUUUGAUGAAACUCCAUGGCGCAGCAGGGGCCAUUGACAUUGCCCGCUUGAGACAUGAAACGUCGAAGAUCUUCAAAGUCCUGAACCACGUGAAUAAUGGCUGUCAAGCACAAUUUAGUGAGAUCAAAGAGAAAUUGGAGGAGGUGCAAUCGAAGAAGAUGCGGUUUCUGGAGGGCAUGGAAAAGGGCGUCGUUCACGUUGUGUCCGACGAACUCGGAGCUCGGUUCCUGGAGAGUUUGGCUGGGGAGGUUUGGCUGGACCCGCGUGGACCAUCGACCCCAGGCGUGGCGACGAUGGAUCGGAUGGAGCAGCUAAGAGUUUCCAACCACAGCAGUCUACGCAUUUUUGGUGUUCCAGAUGUUCCCAGUCGAGCGAUGUCAGUGCUAGGAAGGAGCAUGAAAGAGCGAGAAGUAUUGCAAGUCUCGAGCGCAGUGCAGCUGCUUUGCGUUUCUGCCACUUGGACCUCCCAUGGCAGCGACGCGGCCCCGGCACCACGGGCGCGGCAUGCCAUGGCCAGCCAGACGGGGAGGCUUUGGCUCUUUGCCGGCAGUGCUGCCGGCCAGCGCUUCAAUGAUUUGUGGAUGUUCAACAUGGAGCUGCAACUGGAUAUGACUGGAAUGCAUCGCAUUAUGACUGGCGCCACUGCACUUAUGCAAGUGUGGUUUGAGUUUGCCAGAGAUGCUGAGACAAGCCCUCCAGCCAUGGAAGAUCAUAUCGCAGUGUGGGAUCCAGGUGGUUUGGCCCUAUGGAUCUUUGGAGGCUAUGACGGCACAGACUUCCUACAGGAGCUCUGGAGGUUCACAGCUGGAAGUUGGACCCGGUGGCCAACUUCGGUCGUUCGUCCGGGCCGUCGGGCCGGGCAUGUAGCGGCCUGGGAUGACGUCUCUGCGGCACUCUGGAUUCACGGUGGCUAUGAUGGAGUGGAUCUCUAUCAAGAUACCUGGAGAUUUGACUCCCAAGCUGCGGGGCAAGCUGCGGGGCUCCACGGGCUCCACGCUUGGUCGCGCAUCAGUUCCGUUUCAACAGCAAUGCCCUCAGCUAGAGCCAAGCACGUUGGGGCGUGGGAUCCAGCUGGUGCUUUCUGGAUCCAUGGGGGGUACAAUGGAAGUGUCUGCAACGACCUCUGGAAGUUGCAGGUUGGCACCUCCCUGUGGCAUCGCGUGGCUCCCGCAACUUCCCCCGGGCGCGCGUACCAUGCAGCUGCCUUUGAUGCAACCGGAACUUGGUGGAUCCACGGUGGGGUGGACGAAAGUUUCAGGGCACAAGGUGAUCUUUGGAGAUUCGACACGGCUAGCCACACUUGGUUUCAGCUGUCGCUGGAGAGCGCGCCGGGGGAGCGCUACAACCACGUGGCCAGCUGGGACGGUGGCCUCUGGAUCCAUGGGGGCCAGCAGCCGCCUGGUGGCUCCAUGGAUCUCUCGAGCCUCUGGAGCUACGAGAGUAAUGCAGCUUUUACCAGCCUUACGGAUACCUCAACCCUGACAUCCUCCACCACGUCCACCACGACGUCCACGGCAACGAGGUCGAGCACCGCAACGUCCACGGUGACGACGUCCACGGCAACGUCCACUGUGACGACGUCCACGGCAACGUCCACUGUGACAUCGACGAGCGGGGUUGCUGCGGAAGCCGGUGGGCUGAAUCUGGUCAGUUUGACGAUCCUCUUGGUGGCCUGCGUGGCUUGCGUCCUGGGUCUCCCUUUGCUGCUGUUCCGCAGCCACCUGAAGCAGCUGCUGACGCCCAGCAAGACUGUGAUCAUGCCCAUGGAACAAACGCAGCUGAGCCUCCCUGACUGGAGGCCCAUGCAACAAGCGCAGCUGAGCCUCCCUGACUGGAGGCCCAUGCAACAAACGCAGCUGAGCCUCCGUGACUGGAGGCCCAUGCAACAAACGAACACCCAGCCGUUGAGGGAGCCAGCGAUCUCUUUGCCUUUGCCAGUGCCUCUGGUUCCCAUGGCUGUGGCGUUUCGUGACCUUCCAGCCCUGGGCUUCGGUCGCGGAGAAUGUGUUCUGCACAUUGCUGAUGGUUACUACGAGCCCAUGGCUCGUUGUCGAAAUUGUCAGGGCUGGAUUUCUGGUGUGAGUGAAGAGGAGCCAGCGGAAGCAGUGGAGACUUAUGGUGUCCCAGCACCUGCAACAGCCGCGCCGGAUGUGGCCCAAGCCGCUUCCAGACCGUGCACGUGGAAGGGCCCAGGACGCAAGGUGCUCAGGGACUCGCAAGAAGUAGGGCCGUGUCUACACGCUUCAGCCUUGCCUUCACCCGCCGGUGAAGCCAGUUGCCUUUCACUGGGCCAACCACAGCGCUCAGUGGAAGAACCUCCAAGAUCUGAGAUGAUUUGGAGAUGCCCAGCUCAGCAAUGCGCUUCACCGUCUAUCAACCUUCCAGGUCUGAACCUACCAGGGCCCCUGACGAUGUCCCUGACGAUGUCGGAGCUGGCGCCGGUGCUUUGGCCUCAAUCGGUGCCGCUGCCCGCGACCCGGACGCCGUUGCCGCUCCCCGGUGCUGCUGCCGCGCCCGCCACGGAUGUGCCGCGGCGGCCCAGCGCGCCGUUGGCCACGCAGGGUGCCGAGCUGCUACUGGAGCCGGCGAUGAAUCCAGACCCACCGGGGCCACCUCCGAAGCCGGGGCCAAAGGUGAGAACGUGGAAACGACCACGCAGCACGACCCUGGGAGGUCCCUAUUGGACGGCUCAAGCGCGCACCACCACACCACCAGCUUUGAAGAAGAGCCCGGGACCUGCGCGUGGGUCUUGGUGGAGGUCGCUGCCAGAUGAAAACAGCGAAGUUGUCGGAAUGGGCCUGGUGGCUGCCCCCUCCAAAGCCACCUCCUAUCAUCCCGAAAGCUUCGACAUGGUCAGACCCAAGGCGGAAAAGCCAUCGGAGGAGGAGGAUCCGGUCUGGGCAGCUCAGGAGGCGCAAUUGGAGCGCGAGUUUGAACAGGAGUUCCUGGUGAAUCGCAGGACCCGCAUCCGCGGCGCCAAGGAACGGGCCAUCGCGCCAGGACCACGCUUGGAUCGACAUCCGGACGAGGAGGAGGUGUUGGCCUAUCAAACCGAGAUGGCCAAUCGAAAGCCGAGCUCACCCAGCCAGAAUGGUGCACAGGAUGCGGGCGCGGGACAGGCCCCGCCUGCGCCGGUGAAGAAGCGAAAGAGUUCUGGAACACCCAAAGAGAAGGCUCCAGCUGCCAAGGGCGACUCCGGCGGUGAUUCCCCCGGACCCGACGGCAUUCUCUACAAACGCGUGGCUUUAGGUGAGCAAGAGAAAAAGAAGGCGCGCGUGGUCACGGUGAGUGGCGACGUGGCGGAAGUGGUCACGGAGGGCGAUUGGAGGUCCAUGAAUGUGGACAUCGACACGAUCCAGGAGAUCGAGGAGACCCAAUUUGGGAUCCCUUUGCCUCGUAAGAUGGAUCAAUCGGAGCCAACGGAUUUCAGCUUCAUGAUGGACCACAUGACUCCCAAGGAAUCCCCCAAAAGAAAAACGUGA